CGCCUUUGCCGUUGCUUUUUGAUCAGGCAGCCGUCAAACAUCCGAUAAAAAGUGAGCAUCGUUUCAGUAGUUUCUCGCGAAAAAAUAAAGUUUUUAUAGAUAAAAAUAGUGAAAAGUGCCGGAAAACUUGUGAAACCGGUGCCACUUUGUGCGGUGCAUAGGAAAACACACGGAAGCUGUCGGUAUUAGGAAGAGUUUUAGGAGGCACAAUCAACAAUGAGUCUGUCGGAAUCUUCCGCGCUGGUGGACUCGCUUGAGUUUGCCGGUACGAUGCUGGAGCGCCACGAUAUCGCGGAUUGCUCCACUCCCGGACUGCUGGAGGUGACCGGUAUUAAACAAUCGGGAAUGGCAACCGCCAGCGGAUUGAACGACUAUGACUAUCAGAACCUGUCCAGUUUGUCGCUAGGAUUGAAAAACCUGAACCAACUAGCAACUGUGAACAAGAUUCCCAUUCCGCCGGAGAUAAUGGAGCAUUUUAAACAUAUAAAAUGCCAUUGUAUGAUGGGACUUUUUCCUGAAAUCGGCCGUGCUUGGUUGACUAUUGACUCCGACAUAUAUAUCUGGACCUACGAACAUACGAGAGAUGUUGCCUAUUUCGACGGGCUGUCCCACCUGAUCGUCAGCGUUGGCUUGGUAGUUCCCAAACCAGGCGUCUUCAUAUCCGAUGUCAAGUAUCUUCUGGUACUGACCACCCCAAUCGAAAUUGUUAUUCUAGGGGUAACAUUUGGCGAUUCGAAUGCUUCCCCGAAUCGUUCGAUCACCUCUUCCAUCGAGGAGAUGCAGCUGUUGAACAAACCCAUUUUCGUAUUGAACACUGACAACGUUGCAAUCACAUGCAUCGAAGGAACGUCGGAUGGUAGAAUAUUCCUUGGUGGUCGAGAUGGAUGCUUGUACGAAAUCUCCUACCAGGCGGAAUCCAAUUGGUUCGGCAAACGUUGCAAAAAGGUUAAUCACUCACAAGGGUUAAUGUCCCAUUUGGUUCCCGGCAUAUUUAAGGUGUUUUCGGAAAACGAUUCUAUUUCUAAGAUAACGAUCGACAACUCUCGUCGUUUACUGUAUGCCUUGACUGAGAAGGGAGCUAUUGAAGCUUGGGAUAUCGGUUCGGAUGCCAACUCUGUCAGACGCAUUGCUAGAAUAUCUCAAAAUGAUAUUGCCUCUAGCGCUGGAAAUAUUCUGCGUACAAUAGAACCAUCAGUGUUCAAACCAGUCACUGCUUUGUGUCCUUUAUCGCUCGAGGAUUCCCCACAAGUUCAUUUGAUUGCUAUCACGCAAACUGGAGUUCGUUUCUACUUCUCGACGGUUCCCGUGUUAUUCAGCAUCCAACAACAGCAACUUCACCAACAGCAGCAGCAGCAACAACAACAGCAACCAGGUUUGUCCACCUUCGAUCACCAGCAACGCCCUCAAGGUCUGUAUCUUCUGCAUGUACGUCUUCCUCCGGGGUACACCCCAAAUACGACUGUUGGAAAGCCAAAGCAGGUACACUCAGCCUUCUAUAGCCAAGGAUCGCUACUGAUGGUUUCAACGCCACAACCUGACCAAGAUCUUCUUUGGUCGCUUAGUUCAGAACCGUUUCCGUCGCGGCAGAAUCUGGUUGAAUCAUCGACGGUUAUGACCAUGGAUGGACAGGUGUGGGCGAUUGCUGAAGUAAAACCCAAGGACAAGGUUACCGUAGAUACUCCACUACGGGCUGCACAAGUUCCCAAGAAAGUCGCUCUGUUGACCAACCAGGGGGUGCACAUUGUGUCCCUGCUGAAAUCCGUCGAUAUCCUACAGCAGCUACUGCUAGCUUGCCACGGUCCGCACAACGAGGCUGUCAAGGCAUACUUCCAGGUGCAGUCGGAACCGCAAGCUUGUGCCACCAGUUUAUUGCUGGCUUGCAUCGAAACUUUCAAGGGAACGGAACUGGGAGAGUGGGCUGCACAGGCUUUCAUUUUGUACGGCGGCGAACCAUACUUCGAUGUGGGGGCUUACAUGGGCGGCCAUUCCGCAGCUGCCAGACCGUUGAGCUUCAAUUCGCCCGCUCCAGGAUUUGGUGACAAUCAACAAGGAGGACCACGGAUGUACAUGUCCACUCCAUUCUCCGCUUCUCGACCAGCUUCUUCUGUACAGCAGAGCCUGAUGCAACAAACGCAGUUCCCGAAUAGUCCAAUGCCCUCAUCGAUGAGCCACAGUUUCAACAAUAAUCUCCCGUUGACGGCGGAUUCCUCAAACUUCCACUACUCAGCCAAGCAUGCGGGUCUGUAUCUUCACAUGUCCCGUCUGUUGCGGUCGAUUUGGCGCAAACGGUGCAUCGAUGACAAACUGCACACGACCAUCAGCCAGCAGGACUGCGCUCAAAUUCUGGAGGACUUGUUUGCCAUCAAACGCUUCCUGGAGUCGAUAACGCUGACGAACUUGGUCGGAUUGGUUGGGAAAAACAUGACCAAUGCUAGCAGUAUGAGUGGACCGGGUGGAUAUCUACAGCAACAGCAGCAGCAACAACAACAACAGCAACAUCAUCAGCAGACAAUGGCGGCUAUGGGAAUGCAGAGUCCCUACGGGUCACAGCAGCCACCAUACUAUGGCGGUCAGAGUGCUUUCUCCGGAGUGCCAGGACAGCAAAAAAGCACUGCGGAAGAUGCGCUGGUGGAGGAAAAGAAGUCCCUCGAUGCGUUGACGCGGUUGAUAAAGCAUUCUUGUGAGGUUUUGGCCCUUUGGAAGAUACUUUGCGAACACCAAUGCCAUCAGUUGGUAUCGAAACUGACCAAGGAUCAGCAAGCGAUCUUGCAAUCCUGCACCUUCCGGGAUCUGAUUUUGUCACGGUCGGACCUGUGCGGUUUGCUGAUUGUAACUCUGAUCAACUCUUACCUCAACGAUAAUGCCAGCGUCGGUUCCAUUUCGUCUAAACUCCGAGAGGUUUGCCCUAAUCUGUAUCGCCACGAGGACGCUGUUUCGCACAAGGCAACCGAGAUCCUGCUCUUGUCCAAAACGUGCAACGAUCCGGAUGAGAAGAACGAACGGCUGAGAACUGCUCUGCAGUUGUGCAAAAGUGCUGCUCCGAACUUGCCGUUGACGUCAAUUUGCCAGCAAUUCACCACGGCGGGAUUCUACUCGGGGGUUAUUGAGCUGUGCUCGAUUUGUGCGGCCAAGAGUGACCCCAAUGAGGCUGCCCUGCAUUUCUAUCGCAAUAACGAGCCAGUAGAAGAUCAGGAAGGAUUCAUGGCGUACCAGAGCCGUAUGAAUUGCUACAGGGAAAUCAAAUUGAUGCUCGAACAUGUCUACACGAAUGUUCUGAACAGCAAGGGAGGAAGCAUCUAUCCAUCGUUGGAAAGUGCAGAUCGGGAUAAGCUGGCAAAUAAUCAGCUGAUUUCAAUCAUAAGCUUGUCACUCCAGUGCCAGGACCAACUGCUGCACAUUUCAGUUUACGAAUGGCUUCUGUCGCAUAAUCUCUUGGGUGAGUUGCUUGAAAUCAGUGAACCGUCACUCGGUGCUUUCUUGGGACGAGCUGUUAAUCGAACACCGGAAAACUUCGCUCUCGCUGAUCUGCUGUGGAAAUACCACGAACGCAAUGGCCAACACGCUGCAGCUGCCAAAAUUCUGGACAAGUUGGCCAACAUUCACAGCGAAACUAUGACCCUUCAGCAGCGUAUCGAAUAUCUCGCCCGAGCUGUCAUGUGCAUGCGCAGCGAUACGGUUGGAUAUUCCGCCCACAAUGGUGUUCUAUUGAAGGACCUCGAGGAUAAACUCGAAGUGGCGCAAAUACAGAAGCAAGUGCACGACGCCUUGUCGAUCGUACCGAAUAAACCUUCCGUUGGCCCUGCCCUAAAAUUGCUCAACGCAACGCUCUACAACCUGACACAGCUCUACUCGGACUUUGCCGAACGGUUCGAGCUUUGGGAGUGCAAACUCACAAUUCUCAACUGCUCCCAUCACAACGAUCCACUGCUCAUCGAAUCGGUCUGGACCCACAUCUUGGACAAGGAACUGGAACGACCAGACAGCAAUACAGAGCGAUGCCGUCGUUUGCUGUCUAAGGUUAAGAGCCUAGCCCUGGAAUACGAAAGUUCGGGCCACUGUUUCCCCCUGCCGUUCAUUGUCCGGGAACUGGAACUCAGAUGUUUCCGCCUGAAGCUGUUCGAUUCACCCGUCCCGGAGGCGUUGAUCGAGAUGAAUUUGGACGUGGAUUCCCUACUGAAUAUAUAUUCAAGACUUGUCUCCAUGAACGAACGCGUCUGGGUGACGGACGACGACGAACUCUACCUGGUGCGUUCAACAGCGAAACUACUUGCCCUCGUUGCUUCCCAGCCGAAUCUGGUACCGCUGAAGGACCGUCGGAAGGUUAUUGCCAAAUCGCAGGACCUGAUAUCGGCGUGUUUGAGCAUCCUGUACACGAAACCCGACGGACAAGCGCACGUGGACAACCUACGGGAGACGCAAUCGAAGCUGAACCGGAUUCACUGCUAGCUGACAGUGCGAUACUCGAUGAGCUACGGUAAUAAUAGGAUUUAAUACGACUAGCGGUAGUAGUACGGUUUACGUUAUAUAAGUCUGUAGUUGAUUAUUGCCACUGCCCUGUGGGACACUUGGAGUUUGGUUUAUUGUAUCCAACGUAUCCCCUUUGGUUUUUAGAAAUGAAAAGUAAAGGGAUGCUGUUAGGCACAUUAAAACACCAAGAGCCUUCAUACAUUGUUUAGUGCGUUUUUGUUUGUAUUAUCUAGGUAGUUUUUAAUCCACCCGUUACUCAGAUUAAGAAACUGAUAACAACGUUAUAAAUUGAACAGCAAAUUGUACACACUACAGCUAAAUCAUAACUACACAAUUGCGUACUUUCUGAUUGCUGUUUUCAGCACUGUUUAGAGCACCAAACCUAAUAAAAACACAUGUCAAUCAAGACAGCAGAUAAGCUAAGGUUUACAAACGUCAAUAAAGUAUUGAAGUAUGUACUGAAA